AUGAAUCCUCAAUACCAGGGCGGCUUCGCCGAGUCGCCUGCUCAACAAAAUCCAUAUUAUGCAGGCGGUGGUACUGCGCCAUAUUCUACGACUAGUCUAGACGCCAACGACACACAGCAGGGCGACAUGUAUGGCGGCCAGACUGGUAUGUACCAGCACCCUCCUGCACAGGCAUCCGCCUUGGCAUACCACGAGGUCGCUGCCUCUGGUGUUCGUCAGCGCGAGCCAUACCCUGCUUGGACCGUGGAUAUGCAGAUCCCGCUUUCGAAGGAAGAGAUCGAGGACAUCUUUAUCGACCUCGCCAACAAAUUCGGUUUCCAGCGUGAUAACAUGCGCAAUAUGUUUGAUCACCUCAUGAUUCUGCUCGACUCGCGAGCUAGUCGUAUGAGCCCACAGCAGGCCUUGCUGACCCUGCACGCCGACUACAUCGGUGGCGAACACGCCAACUACCGCAAGUGGUACUUUGCCGCCCAACUCGACCUCGACGACGCUAUCGGCAAGAUCCAAAACCCAGGUCUCGCACGCGCAGCUAGCAUGGCACAGCGCGGCAAUGCCUCCAAGCGUGGGUCCACUCUUUUUGGCACCAAAUCACUCGAAAAUGCGCGCGCGCGCUGGCGUGAUGCCAUGUAUCGCAUGAGCGACUAUGACCGCGUGCGACAACUUGCCCUGUAUCUCAUGUGCUGGGGUGAGGGAAGUCAGGUGCGUUUUGUGCCCGAGUGCCUGUGCUUCAUCUUUAAAUGCGCCGACGACUACUACCGCUCGCCUGAGUGCCAGGGCCGCAUGGACCCGGUGCCCGAGGGUCUGUACCUACAUUCUGUGGUCAAGCCUUUGUAUCGUUUUCUGCGUGAUCAGGUGUUCGAGGUGAUUGACGGCAAGUUUGUGAAGAAGGAGCGUGACCACGACCGAAUCAUCGGAUACGAUGACGUGAACCAGCUCUUCUGGUACUCAGAGGGCAUCCAGCGCAUCAAGCUGAAGGAUGGAACGCGUCUGGUGGAUGUACCACCGCAACAGCGCUUCAUGAAGUUUGACAAAAUUGACUGGGACAGGGCGUUUUUCAAGACAUACAAAGAGAGUCGUUCGUUCCUGCAUCUCCUUGUCAACUUUAAUCGCAUCUGGAUUUUCCACGUAUCACUGUACUGGUACUUUAUGGCUUACAACGCGCCUAAAGCGUACGAGCCUGACAAGGUGCCAAGUGAUGCAGAGAAGCUCAGUGCAUCAGCCCUAGGAGGCGCCGUGUCGACGUUCUUUAUGAUCUGCGGCACGCUUGUUGAAGUGAUGUAUAUCCCCACCACCUGGAACAAUACGAACCACCUAUUUGGCCGCCUGGUUUUCCUCGGUAUCUGUAUGGCGCUCAUGAUUGCCCCGGCCGUCUAUGUUUUCGGAUUCAACAAAGACGGUCAUGUGGGCUACGUGAUUUCCGUCGUACAAAUGGCUGUCGCUUCGGUCCUCACUGCAUUCUUCUCGAUCGUGCCGUCAGGCUACCUGUUCGGCGACCGUGUCGCAUGGCGCCGACGCAAGUACAUGGCGAACCAGACGUUUACUGCGUCGUACGCACCCCUCCCUUUGUCACGUCGCUUCUUUUCGAUUUUGUUAUGGGUCCUUGUGUUUGGCUGCAAGCUCACGGAAAGUUACUACUUCCUGGCCCUGUCAUUCAAGGAUCCGUUCGGUGUGCUUGUCACGAUGCGUGUGCAAGAAUGCCAUGACCGCUACUUUGGCACGCAUCUGUGCUCACUGCAGCCGACGUUCGCUCUAUCAGCCAUGAUGCUGAUGGAUCUGUGCCUGUUCUUCCUCGAUACCUUCUUAUGGUACGUCGUUUGGAGCACCGUCUUUAGUUUGGGCUGGGCGUUCUAUCUUGGUCUGUCCGUGUGGACGCCUUGGUCUGACAUUUAUCAACGUCUGCCAAAGCGAAUCUACUCCAAGAUCCUCGCUACGGCCGAUAUGGAAGUCAAGUACAAACCCAAGGUGCUUGUGUCGCAGGUAUGGAACGCCAUCAUCAUUUCCAUGUACCGUGAACAUCUGCUGUCGAUCGACCACGUUCAGCGUCUGCUGUAUCACCAGGUGCCGGCGGACAACUCGCCUCACAAGCGCACGUUGCGUGCUCCGCCGUUCUUCUUGAACCAGCUUGACUCUGGCCCCAGGCCCGAGUUCUUCCCCAAGGGUUCAGAGGCCGAGCGGCGUAUCAGCUUCUUCGCACAGUCCCUCAUGACCUCGAUUCCAGAGCCGUUGCCUGUCGAUGCGAUGCCAACCUUCUCAGUGCUGACACCGCAUUACGGUGAAAAAAUUCUACUGUCGCUGCGUGAGAUUAUCCGUGAAGAGGACCAGAAUACGCGUGUUACACUGCUCGAGUACUUGAAGCAACUGCAUCCUGUCGAAUGGGACAACUUCGUGAAGGACACCAAGAUUCUUGCUGAAGAGUCAGGCAACUUUGCAGGCGAUGCUCCGUUUGGCUUUGAAGACGAAAAGUCGAAUCUCAAGGGCGGCAAGACAGAUGAUCUGCCGUUCUAUUGCAUUGGUUUCAAGUCGGCUGCGCCAGAAUACACACUGCGUACGCGAAUUUGGUCGUCGUUGCGUGCACAGACGUUGUACCGAACGGUGAGUGGCUUUAUGAACUACAACAAGGCCAUCAAGCUGCUGUACCGUGUCGAGAACCCUGAAAUUGUGCAGUUGUUCGGUGGUAACACGGAGCGCCUCGAGCAAGAAUUGGAACGCAUGAGCCACCGCAAAUUUAAAUUCGUAAUUUCGAUGCAGCGCUACUCGCGUUUCAACAAGGAAGAGAUUGAGAACACUGAAUUCUUGCUGCGUGCUUACCCCGAUCUGCUGAUUGCCUACUUGGAUGAAGAACCAUCGCCCAAGGAGGGCGGCGAGUCUCGAUGGUACUCGGCGUUGGUCGAUGGCUACUGCGAGAUGCUCCCCACUGGUCGUCGUCGUCCCAAGUUCCGUAUCGAGCUGCCUGGCAACCCGAUUUUGGGUGACGGCAAGUCGGACAACCAGAACCAUGCCGUCAUCUUCCAUCGUGGUGAAUUCCUGCAGCUGAUUGAUGCUAACCAAGACAACUAUCUGGAGGAAUGUCUCAAGAUCCGUAACGUCCUUGCCGAGUUUGAGACGAUCGACAUGCCAGCCGAGAACCCCUACGGCCCAGCUUACAACGUCUUUAGCAAGGCGCCUGUGGCAAUUGUGGGCUCGAAGGAGUACAUUUUCUCGGAAAACAUCGGUAUUCUUGGUGAUGUGGCAGCUGGUAAGGAGCAAACCUUCGGUACUAUGGCUGCGCGUGGUAUGGCCCAGAUCGGUGGUAAGUUCCACUACGGUCACCCUGACUUUUUGAACUCGGUGUACAUGACAACGCGUGGUGGUGUGUCCAAGGCGCAAAAGGGUCUGCAUCUAAACGAGGAUAUCUAUGCUGGUAUGAUGGUGUUCCAGCGUGGCGGUCGUAUCAAGCACUCGGAGUACUACCAGUGUGGUAAGGGUCGUGACCUUGGUUUUGGUACCAUUCUCAACUUUAUUACCAAGCUGGGCAACGGUAUGGGCGAGCAAAUUCUGUCGCGUGAAUACUACUACUUUGGUACGCAACUGCCCGUGGAUCGUUUCCUGACGUUCUACUAUGGCCACCCUGGUUUCCACAUCAACAACAUCAUGGUCAUUUUGGCGGUACAUCUGUUUAUGUUUGCACUUAUGUUCAUCGGUUCGCUGUAUUCGACGCUGGAAGUGUGCCCUGACACGCAGGGCAUUCCCUUUGUGCUGGGUCAGGGCGAGUGUUACUACUUGAACCCGAUUGUGUACUGGGUGCAGCGUACAGUCAUUAGUAUCCUGCUCGUGUUCAUGAUUGCCUUUUUGCCGCUAUUCCUCCAGGAACUCUCGGAGCGUGGUGCCGUCUUUGCGCUGGUACGUCUGAUGAAGCAGUUCGUGUCGAUGAGUCCGCUCUUCGAAAUCUUUACGACACAAAUUUACUCGCACUCUCUCAUCACGAACCUGACGUUUGGUGGUGCGCGUUACAUCGCGACGGGUCGUGGCUUUGCUACCACACGUCUGAGCUUUGCGCUACUGUACUCGCGAUUCGCUGGUCCAUCAAUUUACUCCGGCUUGCAGUACCUACUGAUGUUGUUCUACGCUACGCUCACUGUGUGGAUGCCGCAUCUCAUCUACUUCUGGGUCAGUCUCGUGGCGCUGUGUGUGGCUCCAUUCCUGUUCAAUCCCCACCAAUUUUCGUUCUCUGAUUUCAUUAUCGACUAUCGCGAGUUCUUGCGCUGGAUGGGCCGUGGCAACAGUCGCAGCCACGCCAAUUCGUGGAUCGGUUACUGCCGUCUUAGUCGGACGCGCAUCACGGGUUACAAGCGCAAGCGUUUGGGCCACCCGAGUGAAAAGCUCGUGGCUGACUUGCCGCGUGCCAGCUGGAAGACGAUCCUGAUCCACGAGCUGCUGAUGCCCACGAUGGUGGCGGUCAUCUUUGCCGUCACGUACGCGUACGUGAAAAGCUUCCCAGCACCGGGUCUCACGUUUGAGGAUGGCGAGUUCCAGGGCGGUAUCGCGCGACUGGCCAUUAUCGUGUUGGUGCCGAUUGCAUGGAAUGCCGUGGUACUGCUGGUGCUCUUCUUUGUGUCACUCUUCUUUGGCCCUGCGCUGCAAUCGUGCUGCGCGAAGUUUGGCAGUGUCAUGGCGAGCCUGGCUCAUGGCCUUGCCAUCCUUGGUCUGUUUGCCGUGCUCGAAUUCUUCUGGUACAUUGAGUACUGGAACUCGGCCAACACGGUGCUGGGUAUCGUCGCCAUGAUUGCGAUCCAGCGUGCCAUUUUCAAGUUCCUCACGGGCAUUGUCAUUUCGCGUGAAUUCAAGCACGACGAGACGAACCGCGCGUGGUGGACUGGUCGCUGGUACGGUCGUGGCCUUGGUGGCAGCGCCUUCAGUCAGCCCCUGCGCGAAUACAUUGUAAAGAUCAUCGAGAUGAGUCAGUUCUCCGCCGACUUCAUCAAUGCACACCUGCUCAUGUUUGCUCUUUCUAUCCCCCUGGCUGUGCCAUUUAUUGACAGGAUCCACUCGACUGCGCUGUUUUGGCUCCGCCCGUCCAAACAGAUCCACGCCCCUAUUUACUCGCUUCGUCAACGUGCACAGCGCCGCUCGAUUGUGAUGCGGUACUCGAUUGUGUUCCUGUUCGCCUGGCUCGUGUUCCUUGCUCUAAUUUUGGUCCCUGCGAUCGUCCAGGCAGUCAUGAGCGACGAAGACAAGGCCGAUGCAUGCCACUUUUGCCGUACGCUCUAA